UCUAGGCCCCGCCCUCCUCGGACCUUCCGGCUCCUGCGCUCUGAUUGGCCGGUGUCUGCAGCGAGCGUCGCAAUUGGCCCCCUUGCGGCCGUUGAGAUUUGAACUGCACUUCUGUGGCUUUUCCCGCGCGGCGCCCGGCUCGGAGGCGGAUUUUUGCCUCCGCCUGGCGGGUAUUGGUCGGUCUCUCUACCCACGGGAGUGCCGCCUCGCAGAUUGGUGCGUCUUGUGCCCUCCUUGGUUUUUUCUUCGUUUCAGCCCCACUGCCAGAGUUGGAGGAACGGCGGGCGAAGUGCUCUUGUAAGCCCUGUGAGCCACUGGGGGAAAGAUGUCUCCCCAUCUGUAUGAGUUCCAUCUGCCCUUAUCCCCAGAGGAGUUGUUGAAAAGUGGAGGGGUGAAUCAGUAUGUCGUGCAAGAGGUACUGUCCAUCAGACAUCUUCCAUCGCACCUUAAAGCAUUUCAGGCUGCCUUUCGAGCUCAGGGGCCCCUGGCUAUGCUGGAGCAUUUUGAUACCAUCUACAGCAUUCUGCAUCACUUUCGAAGUAUAGACCCUGGCCUCAAGGAAGAUACUCUGGAAUUCCUGAUAAAAGUGGUAUCCCGCCACUCCCAGGAACUUCCCGCCAUCUUGGAUGAUGCAACUUUGAGUGGGUCAGAUAGAAGCGCACACCUAAAUGCCCUCAAGAUGAACUGCUAUGCUCUCAUAUGCCUCUUGGAAUCCUUUGAGACCAUGAGCAGCCAGACGAGCCUCAUGGACCUGGACCUUGGUGGGAAGGGUAGGAAAGCCCGGGCCAAGGCAACCCAUGGCUUUGACUGGGAAGAAGAGAGGCAACCAAUUCUUCAGCUUUUAACACAGCUGCUCCAGUUGGACAUCCGUCACCUGUGGAGUCACUCAAUAAUCGAAGAGGAGUUUGUCUGUUUGGUUACUGGCUGCUGCUACCGCCUCCUGGAGAACCCCACCAUUAGUCACCAGAAGAACCGCUCCACCCGGGAAGCCAUAACACACCUGCUUGGUGUCGCCUUGACACGUUAUAACCAUAUGCUGAGUGCCACUGUGAAGAUCAUCCAGAUGCUGCAGCACUUUGAACACCUGGCAUCUGUACUGGUGGCAGCUGUGAGUCUGUGGGCAACUGAUUAUGGAAUGAAGAGCAUAGUAGGAGAGAUUGUAAGAGAGAUUGGACAGAAGUGUCCCCAGGAGUUGAGUCGGGACCCUUCAGGGGCAAAGGGCUUUGCCGCCUUCCUGACAGAACUAGCGGAGCGUGUCCCGGCCAUCCUGAUGUCCAGCAUGUGCAUUCUACUAGAUCAUCUGGAUGGAGAGAAUUACAUGAUGCGCAAUGCCGUGCUGGCGGCCAUGGCGGAGAUGGUGCUGCAGGUUCUGAAUGGGGAUCAGCUGGAGGCGGCAGCCCGAGACACCCGAGACCAGUUCUUGGACACCUUGCAGGCCCACGGCCACGACGUCAGCUCCUUUGUGCGGAGCCGUGUUUUGCAACUCUUUACCCGAAUCGUCCAGCAGAAGGCUCUGCCCCUGACACGUUUCCAGGCAGUGGUGGCCUUAGCAGUGGGGCGUCUGGCAGACAAGUCGGUGCUGGUUUGUAAAAACGCCAUCCAGCUGCUGGCCAGUUUUCUCGCCAAUAAUCCCUUUUCCUGCAAGCUUAGUGAUACUGACCUUGCUGGACCGCUGCAGAAGGAAACCCAGAAAUUACAAGAGAUGAGGGCCCAGAGGCGAGCUGCAGCUGCUUCCGCAGUGCUGGACCCAGGGGAGGAGUGGGAAGCCAUGCUGCCAGAGUUGAAGGCUACCCUGCAGCAGCUGCUGAAGCUUCCCCAGGAAGGAGAGGGGAUGCCUGAGGAGGUUGCCGAAACAGAGACGGCGGAAGAGGUGGAAGGACGCAUCCGUCGAUUGCUAGCCAAAGCUAGUUACAAGCAGGCCAUCAUUCUCACUCGAGAAGCCAUAGGCCACUUCCAGGAAUCUGAACCCUUCUGUCAUAUGGACCCAGAGGAGUCAGAGAAGACCGGGUUCCUGAAUCUCUUAGGAACUAUCUUCAAAGGCCCAGCAGCUCCCACACAGGAGAAGAAUCCCCAGGGGGCUGCGGGGAACUUGGGCCCAGGAGAGACUGGCUGUAAAGACAAGCCCAGUGUGUCAGAGCCUGAGAAAUGCAGGGAAAACGAUGAGCUGGUGAAGCAGGAGAUGCUGGUGCAGUAUCUGCAGGACGCCUACAGCUUCUCUCUGAAGAUCACAGAGGCCAUUGGCAUCAUAAGCAAGAUGAUGUAUGAACACACAACUACAGUGGUACAGGAGGUGAUUGAAUUCUUUGUGAUGGUGUUCCAAUUUGGGGUACCCCAGGCCCUGUUCGGGGUGCGCCGCAUGCUGCCUCUCAUCUGGUCGAAGGAGCCUGGUGUCCGGGAAGCUGUGCUGAACGCCUACCGCCAACUGUACCUCAAACCUAAGGGGGAUUCUGCCAGAGCCAAGGCCCAGACUUUGAUUCACAAUCUCUCUUUGCUGCUAGUGGACGCCUCAGUUGGGACCGUUCAGUGUCUUGAGGAAAUUCUCUGUGAGUUUGUGCAGAAGGAUGAACUGAAACCAGCAGUGACCCAAGUGCUGUGGGAGCGGGCAACCAAGAAGGUGCCCUGCUCUCCUCUGGAGCGCUGUUCCUCUGUCAUGCUUCUUGGGAUGAUGGCACGAGGAAAACCAGAAAUUGUGGGAAGCAACUUAGACACACUGGUGAGCAUAGGGCUGGAUGAGACGCUUCCACAGGACUACAGGUUGGCCCAACAGGUGUGCCAUGCCAUUGCCAACAUCUCUGACAGGAGGAAGCCUUCUCUGGGCAAACGUCACCCUCCCUUCCGGCUGCCUCAGGACCACUGCUUGUUUGAGCGACUGCAGGAGACAGUCACGAAAGGCGUUGCCCGCCCAGACCCACUCUGGAUCCCAUUCAAGGAGGCGGCAGUGACCCUCAUUUACCAGCUGGCAGAGGGCCCCGAGGUGGUCUGUGCCCGGAUGCUGCAGGGCUGCGCAGAGCAGGCCCUGGGGGAGCUGCGAGAGGAGAGCUCCGCCCGGGAGGCCCCCAAGGACACCCCCGUGCUCCCCACUUUCCUGUUGAUGAACCUGCUGUCCCUGGCCGGGGACGUGGCUCUGCAGCAGCUGGUGCAUCUGGAGCAGGCAGUGAGUGGAGAGCUCUGUCGGCGCCGAGUUCUUCGGGAAGAACAGGAGCAUAAGACGAAAGAACCAAAGGAGAAGAUCCAUUUGUGCAAAACGAAGGGUAGGCUGGAAUCAAAGCGGUCUGCUCACCCAUGGUCCCUGGCUGCUUCCCAUCAGAGUCCGAGCUCCGAGGCCACCAUGGAGGAGGAGAUGGGGCUGGCUGGGGCUGCGGCUGAUGACACCGAGGCAGAACUCAUCCGCGGCAUCUGUGAGCUGGAGCUGCUAGAUGGCAAACAGACACUGGCUGCCUUUGUUCCACUUCUGCUUAAAGUCUGCAACAACCCUGGUCUCUAUAGCAACCCAGAGCUCUCUGCAGCUGCUUCACUUGCCCUCGGCAAGUUCUGCAUGAUCGGUGCCACUUUCUGUGACUCCCAGCUUCGGCUUCUGUUCACCAUGCUAGAAAAGUCGUCACUCCCCAUCGUUCGAUCUAACCUCAUGAUUGCUACUGGGGAUCUGGCCAUCCGCUUCCCCAACCUGGUGGACCCCUGGACACCUCAUCUGUAUGCUCGUCUCCGGGACCCCGCUCAGCAAGUGCGGAAAACAGCCGGGCUGGUGAUGACCCACCUGAUCCUGAAGGAUAUGGUGAAGGUGAAGGGGCAGGUGAGCGAGAUGGCCGUGCUACUCAUCGACCCUGCCCCUCAGAUCGCUGCCCUGGCCAAGAACUUCUUCAAUGAGCUCUCCCACAAGGGCAAUGCAAUCUAUAACCUCCUUCCAGAUAUCAUCAGCCGCCUGUCAGCCCCUGAGGGAGGAGUGGAGGAGGAGCCUUUCCACACCAUCAUGAAGCAGCUCCUUUCCUACAUCACCAAGGACAAGCAGACCGAGAGCCUGGUGGAGAAGCUGUGUCAGCGGUUCCGCACGGCCCAGACUGAGCGCCAGUACCGGGACCUGGCCUACUGCGUGUCACAGCUGCCCCUCACAGAGCGGGGCCUCCGCAAGGUGCUGGAAAACUUUGACUGCUUUGGAGAUAAACUGUCAGACGAGUCCAUCUUCAGUGCCUUUUUGUCCGUUGUGGGCAAGUUGCGGCGUGGAGCCAAGCCCGAGGGCAAGGCUGUAAUAGAUGAAUUUGAGCAGAAGCUUCGGGCCUGUCACACCAGAGGUUUGGAUGCAAUAGAGGAACUUGAGAUUGGCCGAGCGGGUAGCCAGAGAGCCCCAUCAGCCAGGAAACAGCCUGCUGUCUCUAGACACCGGCAUCUGGCUCCUGCAGCGUCACACAGUGACUUUGUCACACCUGAGCCUCGCCGUACUACCCGAUGGCAUCCAAACUCCCAGCAGCGAGUUUCAAGAAAGAAACUCAGAAUCGUCUUCUCAAGUGAUGAGUCCAGCGAGGAAGAACCGUCAGCAGAGAUGACAGACGAUGAGACACCCAAGAAAACCACCCCCAUCCGCCGAGCAUCUGCUCACAGGCACAGGUCCUAGGGGCAGCCUUGCCUGUUCCCAGCCCUGCUGUGCAGGUGUCUUGUAGAGUGACCUUGAAUUCCAUGCCCCUUGUAAAAUACUUGUUUGCCUGUCUCCUUGUUUUUUUAAUGCAUAAAUGGUCUUUAUAACAGACGGCUUUGCUCUUAAACUAGCCUAACUGAA